GGCUGCUUCACAAUAACGGCUGCCAUAGCAACCGCGCAAGCCACGCCUCUUCCCCUACCGUCCUUCAUCCUUUCCCUUCCCAUGACUGGCCUCCGCCGUCCCCACCUUGCCGGAUAUUUGAAAGGGGUGCGGCGGCAGUAAUAGCAGCCGCCUGAGGCGGGACUUCCGGACUCCCUUAAACCUCCCCCUCGGACGUGACGACAGAGUGUCAACAUGCAAGAUGGCGGCUCAUCACCGACAGAAUACGGCGGGGCGGCGGAAAGUGCAGGUCUCCUAUGUAAUUAGAGACGAGGUAGAGAAGUACAAUCGAAAUGGGGUAAAUGCACUGCAGCUGGACCCAGCAUUAAACAGACUUUUUACGGCAGGCCGAGACUCCAUCAUCAGGAUAUGGAGCGUCAACCAGCACAAGCAAGACCCUUACAUAGCAUCUAUGGAACAUCAUACAGACUGGGUGAAUGAUAUUGUACUCUGUUGCAAUGGCAAAACCUUGAUAUCUGCUUCGUCUGAUACUACUGUUAAAGUAUGGAAUGCACAUAAGGGAUUUUGCAUGUCAACACUAAGGACCCAUAAGGAUUAUGUGAAAGCCUUAGCGUAUGCAAAAGAUAAAGAACUGGUAGCAUCUGCUGGGCUGGACCGACAGAUAUUCCUCUGGGAUGUAAAUACGUUAACAGCACUGACUGCCUCAAAUAACACUGUCACGACUUCUUCUCUUAGUGGGAACAAAGAUUCCAUCUACAGUCUUGCCAUGAAUCAGAUGGGAACAGUAAUUGUAUCAGGGUCCACUGAAAAGGUGUUAAGGGUUUGGGAUCCAAGAACUUGUGCAAAACUUAUGAAACUCAAGGGGCACACUGACAAUGUUAAAGCUUUGCUAUUGAACAGAGAUGGGACACAGUGUCUUUCUGGUAGUUCUGAUGGGACAAUCAGACUCUGGUCCCUUGGUCAGCAGAGGUGUAUAGCUACAUACAGAGUCCACGAUGAAGGUGUGUGGGCACUUCAGGUCAAUGAAGCCUUCACUCAUGUUUAUUCUGGUGGAAGAGACAGAAAGAUAUAUUGUACAGAUCUACGAAAUCCUGAUAUUCGGGUGCUUAUUUGUGAAGAAAAGGCACCAGUUCUUAAGAUGGAGCUAGAUCGAUCAGCUGAUCCUCCCCCAGCUCUUUGGGUUGCAACAACUAAAUCAUCUGUGCAUAAGUGGACUUUGAAGGGAAUUCACAAUUUUAGAGCUUCAGGGGACUAUGACAAUGACUGCACAAACCCAAUCACACCCCUUUGUACACAGCCUGACCAAGUUAUUAAAGGGGGUGCUAGUAUUACUCAGUGCCACAUUCUCAAUGACAAAAGACACAUAUUAACCAAAGACACAAACAGCAACGUGGCAUACUGGGACGUGUUGAAGGCAUGUAAAGUAGAAGAUCUUGGGAAAGUGGACUUUGAAGAAGAAAUUAAGAAAAGGUUUAAGAUGGUAUAUGUGCCAAACUGGUUUUCAGUAGACUUAAAAACUGGGAUGUUGACAAUUACUUUAGAUGAGAGUGACUGCUUUGCAGCUUGGGUCUCAGCAAAAGAUGCUGGGUUUAGCAGUCCAGAUGGCUCUGAUCCAAAAUUGAACCUUGGAGGGCUUUUGCUACAGGCCCUCUUAGAGUAUUGGCCUAGAACGCAUAUCAAUCCUAUGGAUGAAGAAGAAAAUGAGAUGAACCAUGUGAACGGUGAGCAGGAGAACAGAGUACAGAAAGGAAAUGGAUACUUCCAAGUGCCACCACACACACCAGUUAUUUUUGGUGAAGCUGGAGGACGCACUUUGUUUAGGUUGUUAUGUCGGGAUUCCGGUGGUGAAACUGAAUCCAUGCUCCUCAACGAAACUGUGCCACAAUGGGUAAUUGACAUCACUGUGGAUAAAAAUAUGCCAAAAUUUAAUAAGAUUCCUUUCUACCUCCAACCUCAUUCCUCUUCUGGAGCAAAAACAUUAAAGAAGGAUCGACUGUCAGCCAGUGACAUGUUGCAAGUUAGGAAGGUGAUGGAGCAUGUUUAUGAAAAAAUAAUAAAUCUGGACAAUGAAUCUCAGACAACUAGCUCUUCCAAUAAUGAAAAGGCUGGGGAACAAGAAAAAGAAGAAGACAUCGCUGUUUUAGCAGAGGAGAAAAUUGAACUCUUGUGCCAGGACCAGGUAUUGGAUCCAAAUAUGGACCUUCGCACCGUCAAGCAUUUCAUAUGGAAGAGUGGGGGUGACUUGACUCUCCACUACCGCCAGAAGUCGACGUGAGCCAUGUGGCGGACCCAACUGCUCAUGAACUGACUUGAGCUUCCUGUACUGGUUCCAGCUGUAAUGCUCUAGAAGCCAUCUGAAACCCUUAGAUCUGACACUUCUUCUAGUGCCUCAGUGUGGACAGAAUCUACUUGAAAUGAUGUGACUAAUAAAUCUGUGAUAUAGACGAAUCUCUAUGACCUAAAUGAAAGUCUGUCCUUAUCAAGGUACAAGUGGGAGUGACAUGAGAAGCCUGUGAAUGGUUCCCAUUUCUGAGGUGUACAGCGACCAGAUGGUCCAGGGCAGGUGUCUGGGGGGUUCUUAUUUUAGUUUUUAUUCCCAAGGUUUAUCAUACCUUCAUCUGCUCAAGCUUAAUAGGAAAAUGGUUUCUCGGCCCUGUUGCUAACUCAUUCUCCGUGUAAAAACUGCAUGUGCUGUACUUUGUUAAUACAUUCCAUGUAUACAGUGCAUACUUUUCAUGAAGAGUACAUUUUGGCCACUUCUCAGGAAAGAUCUCCUAGAGAAGAAAAAUCUGUUGUACAGUUGAGUCUCUAUAAUAUAAGCCAAAGGGGUGAACUCCCUUAGACUUGUUGAUUGUCUUUCAGCUGUGAUCUUGUAGGAAACCAUUUUGGUACUUGGAACAAAAAUACAUAGAUUGUAUGAUUACAGGGUCAGUACAGUGGUGCAGUGCAUCAUAAUGGAAAAUUUCAACAACUUUCAGUAGAGUUUUAAAAUGUAACUUCUGUAGUCCAUUUUACCCCUUAAAGUGGUGCAUUGAUCACAAUUCCAAGUAUUUGUGCUAGACAUUUUAACAUAUUGGCAUAUUCUAGAAAACUGUAGUAACAAUACCAUUGUCAUGAUAGGGGGGAAAACGGCUUCCAGAUUUUCCUCCAAUGGUUUUUAUAUGCAUUUUUGGAAGUUUUUGUUGAUGUUGCAAGCUGUAUACAGCUUAGCUGUUCUUUUCCAUUUCUAAAAACAUUUUACAGCUUUUUCAUAUUCUCAUACUCUUGUAAAGUCUAACUUAUUUGGGGGGAGGUAGGGAAAUUCUGGGCAAGAAAAUUGAGUCUGAAUUCAAAGUUUAACUGGAAAACAUCCCAGUGACAAAAUACUGUAAAAUGGUUUUUAUUUGAAACAGAAGCACAAGUGCCUUUUUAAGGGCAGUAUGGUAAGGAUAGGUUCCACCUCCAAACAGAUGAGUAUUCCUUUCUUCCUUCCUGGAUAGUGGCAGCUGAAUGUAGAGCUAUGGUCUGCAAAGCAUCUUGCUUAUGAGUCAUUGUUGGGAGAUAACUGGUAAGCCCCAAUUCCUGCAUUGUAUUGGCAGCACGGGAUCUGCUUAAGUAAUUGAGCAUCAGGUGGGAUACUGUGAAUACUUCCCGUAGUGCAGAUGCCGUACUCUGGCAGCUAGUAGUAGUAUUAGUUAUAUACUGCUUACAUGCUGUUAUAAAAGUUGUCCACAAACUUGUGUUGCGUGAACCACCACCAAAAGGAAAAUAUUCGGAGUCUGAUACUUAUGAGUCAUUAGACUCCUUUUUCAGGUGUGUCAAGGAAUAGUGGUCUUCAUACAGUAGUGUGAAAAUAUGCAACAUGACAAUACCUUUUGGAUAGUUUCCUCUUAAUUUUUAUCUUAGGGUGGCAAGUACCCAUGCAAUGCUUGUUUUAUACACAUCAGAUUGUCAAAGUGACUGUCAUGCUACAAAAGUAAGAUUUGGAUUAUCCCUAAAUCGUUAGCUACUUGUCCUCCAGAUGACAUGAAGCACUACUCUAAACAAGUUCUGCUUCAGAAUUAAGCUUGCAUGUGCCUUUCCCAUCUUGGCAUCAUAAUCCAUUUGUAAAUCCCAUUUGUGUACGGCAAUCUAGUCUGCCACAUCUGUGCUACACUGCAUACUUUAGUGAAGUUGGUUAAACUGAACUGUAAAUUUGUCCCGAAUUGAAUUUAUUAAUAUUGGAGGGGAGAGCUUUGUUCAUAUAGAUUUAAUUCUGAAUUUUGUGCUCUCCUUCAUGUCUUUGUUGAAAGUUAACUUUAACUCUCCCCUAUCCCCCUCCCUUUUUGUGUGUGUUUUAAAAAUCCAGCCAAGAUUCUAAACUUGAUUUUCUACAAUCCCAGCAAUGUAGUUUCAGGAAAGAUUGACAGAGGGCCUGCAAUGCCAAAAGGAUGAACAUGUACUGAACAAUUGUAUAGAAAUAAACUUUAGCUAACAUUUCUAA